AUGAAUCCCAACUAUUAUCAGUUUCCCGUGCCUUCCGAUUCAUUCCAAUCUGGACCUUCUUUCCAAAAUCCGAAUAACCCGCAGGCUUUCGAUACGCUUGGCUCCGGCCCUGCUCUUCAAAUGAAUCCCGAAAACGACGGGUUCCCCGGAUCUCAUGGUUCAUUCCAACUUGAAGCGCUCGGUCAGAGUAGUCAUCAAACCUUGGACACCUUCCCGGCCCCUUUUAUAGCACCAGGAUAUGAUGCAACUCCUUAUAGGCUCGAGCAAGGCUUGAAUGCUAGCUUCGCUUCGAACGCGGGUUUUGGUUUAUACGAGCAGCCCCAGGUAGCAGGGAAUGCACAUCAGUACGAGUCGAACUCUGUAUCUCUGCCCCUGCCAGAGGGCCAUUUCCCGCACCCGGAGAGAUUCUCUUCCCAUGAGGAAGCGAUGGCAGCCGCUACCUUCAUAAUUCGAUCGACCUCUCGCGAGGAAAUCGAAUAUCUCCUCCAGCCCACCAUGCUCGAAGUCGUCAGUGCGGCCUUCGGGUGGAAUCACCCAUUCACCCAGCACGUUUAUCUACUGAACUGGAGUUCUCUCUAUAUGGAGCCCUUUCGGGGCAUGUCGCAGCCACUCACUAUCCCUGCUUUCCCUCAAGCACAGGGAGUCUCCAACAACGAGUUGAGUACUAUACUCCCCUUCGCCAACGAGCCAGUGCCACUCGCUGCCCACGAGCAUCAUGCUUUCCCUACCAUGCAAGGAGCCUCUGGCGAUGCACUGAGUGCUAUCAUUCUUGAUCAACUCCAUGUCCUCGAUCAUAUGACAACUACGGGAUCCUCCACGGGGCAUCUACUUCCAGUAUCGAUUGUUGAUGAGAGCGUAUGCACGGCGCGGCUGCCAACUGAAUUGUGGAUCAAGAUAUUCAGCAUGGCUAUUAAAGUUCCAGGAGACACGAUAGUUCCUGUGCCACCCUAUCCAAUCCCAGGUGUUCCGCCCUCUCUCCAUCAAUGGCCUCCAGAGGCGGAGAUGAAGGACAGAAGACAAAUCGCUCUGAGCCUAACUCUUGUCUGCCGAUCGUGGCGGGAUAUCGCUACCGAAUUCUUGUACCGCACAGUUUUCAUCCAAGAUAGUGCAGCCAAUCCAGAACGAGUGGCUAACUUUUGCCUGGCGCUCCAGCUAUCAUCUAUGAGGCGCGGCGUUUACGGAAACGGGACGCUGGUUGAUUUUCUCCUCAUUGAAGCGGAAGUAUGUUCCGCUCAUGAGGUCGGGACCAUACUUCGCCUUUGCCCACGUCUACGCACUUUCAUCAUCAAAAAGAAGAACUACUGGUCGUUGAAGGAAAUCGGUCAGUUUAUCUAUCCUGGACUUCAUGCCAACAAGAACUUGUGUCGAGUGGAAUGGAAGGCGAUAUCUUUUGGGCGCAGAGUCACGGGGAAAUCUAUCAUCAUGGCCAAAAGCAUGGUCAACUUGCUCCCUGAAAGUGUCCGAGCCUACGAAUUCUAUUGCCAAGCCGCACCAAAGGAUGUAUCGGGAAAGGGUGUUCGCUAUGCGAAUCUCGUAGAUUUGACUGUGCAUGGCGCGCGGCGGAAACAUCUAGAGGCCUUGCAAGAUUGGGAACUACCUUCGCUGACGCACCUGAGCAUUGACGUGGCAGAUACCUUGCACAUAACUUCCGUGCACGCUUUGCUCAAAAUACACGGAAAGAACCUUCAAUAUCUCCAUCUAGAUGAAUAUAGCACCACCUCCGCGUCCGCAGCUCUGAAAGAGCUGUGUCCAAACCUAUCCGAAUAUGCGAUUUCUGCUCAUCGAACGCGUUCGAUUUCCGACGCAUUGGUCCCGCCUCGUCUGUCCAAUCCUACGAUCACCUACCUGGUGCUUGCCAUGCAGGACUGCUAUUGGCGUGGAUGGGAUGAUUUAUAUAUAACGAUGGAUCGGAUCUUAGGCUUUGAAAUGCCUGCCUUGCGCUGUGUACGCGUGCUCCUUGAUCGAAACCCAAGCAGACUGUUCUUGCCAGCAGGAGUUGCCAUCUUCAAACGGCAAUUCCAAGAGCGAGGCAUCGCAGUCGAAGAUCAAGACGGCCUGGAUCUCCUCGAUGAGAAAUACCCGGUUAAGGUGCCUGCUCACUUGCAAGGCCUCAAUUUCCUCAUGCCAGUGGAUUCCGAUGGACAUCUCAAGCAACAAUAA